AUGGCAGUCACGGACGAGAUCCGCCUCCGCCCAAACAUAAACAUAGCCACCCUCCUCGGCCGCAACAACCACACGUGGGAAAACGGCCGUCGAUACCACGGGCACGCCCCCGAGUUCCCAUUCCCAGAUGACCAAUCCUUCACGUUCGGAGCCGUCUGGGACGUCCUCGUGGACCGGAAGCCGUUCGUCGCGCCGCUGGCCCUGCCACUGCAGCGCAAGACGAAGGUCCUGAGUGUCCCUGGUCGAGACGGCGGCUGGGCGUCCAUGCUAUGGGAUGACGAGAAUGUGUACAGCAAAGCUCGAUAUAGCGCGGUUGAGCCGGCGUAUAUGCAGGGGCAGGGGCAGGAAGCGCGGGGCGGAGUACGGAUGGUGCAUGAGGGCUUUGAGGGUCCGUGGCCGUUUACGCGGGACGAGGCGUUCCAUUUGGUGUAUGUGGAGGGCUUGGGCGGGUUGAUUGGGGAUUAUACGUGGUUCUAUGGGAAUGUGUUUGGGCAUACGGCGCCGGGGGGGGGGGUGGAGAUUCCCUGUAGGGAAUGGAAGGACGAUCCAACAACUAAGAAGACGGGAGACUACUAUAACUGGGCUUUUGGGGAUGCCCUGGAAGGAUACUCGCUACGACUCUUCACAAAGACAUUGGGCUGGUCAAGGGAAGACACGGACGAUCUCCUCAGUAGGAUACUUGGGAGAAAGCCGGCGGAUACAGCAAGACAGGCAAAGAAUCAGGAGCCCAGGAACAGGGACACGCGUGAGAUGGACGAGAUCGUGGCCGACUGUGGGGGUCUGUUCGCUGAGUGA